CAAAUGCACCCUCCUCCACUGUACUAUACUGCUCUCUCUCCGUAACGCCUCCGCAAUAAAAGCUUCCCUUUCCCUUUCCCUCUUUCACUUUUGCUUCAACUAACUCUUCUUCAAUCUACUCCGCUCGCAACAAAUAUACGCUGCCAUCACCUACCUCUUUCAGCUGGAAAUUCCGGCGUCCAUUCACCCGCUCGUGGCCGUCUCGUCUUCCCCUUCUCCGGCGGAGCUUCUGAACGACGGCGACGACUUGUCCCCCUAGAUUUUCGGGACCGCAUUUCAUGGAUCUGCAGCUCGGCACACGGGCAUUGUGUCCUACUCUCUCUUCUCUGCCUUGAAGCAUCAGUUGUUCGUGCGGGCUGUUUGAGCCUCUCUUUUGCUUUUUUUUUUUCCCACUUGAGCUAUGCGGUCAGCUGCUUUGGUGGCCGCGGAGUUUGAGGCAGUGGAUUGUUGGUGGCGGAGAAGGAACCCUAGGGAUAUUUUUACUGCUCAUUCACUUGGAUCUUGGGCGGAGACGCUGUUGAGCUUGACGGUGUUCUGUAGUUUUUGAGCAAUGGUGUUUGGUUUGGCUUCCUGAGAAGAAGAUGCGAACCUUGGUGCUGCUGCUGCUUUGCUUGCUUCGCCUUGUUUUUACUUGUUCAGGGAACUCAUUAUAUCACAUGUUUUUAACUCCUGAACAAACUACUCAGCGUGUACCUACAAGCGAAAUUUCGGUGAAACAAGGUAGGCAAUCGAGCAAUUUAAGUUAUUUCUUGUGGUAUAGUUGCUGCCAAUGGAUUCAUGAUUACAUGUUUCCUUUAUUGCUUGCAGAAAAGAAAUCUUCGAAGGAUGCUCCAUUUGGUGAUUCGCAGCCACCUCAGAAGCAUCUGUUUAGACCUGCUCAUAACCCAUCUUCUGCACCUGCCCCUGCCCCUAUCCCACUGAAUAAGGGUAUUACAAGCUGUGACCAAACUUGUGUGGAUCCACUUACGGCUACUCCAUUCGGUUCACCUUGUGGCUGUGUUUUCCCUAUGAAAGUCAGACUUCUUCUGACUGUGGCUCCUUACACCGUUUUUCCAGUGAUGAAUGAACUAGAGGUUGAGGUCGCAACAGGGACUUAUUUGGAACAGAACCAGGUAAAGAUAAUGGGUGCUACUGCUGAUAGUGAAAAUCAGGGAGAAACGGUGGUGGACAUUAACUUGGUUCCACUGGGAGACAAAUUUGAUAAUACCACGGCUAGUCUUAUUAAUCAAAGAUUCUGGCAUAAGAAAGUGCAUCUAAAUACGACUAUCUUUGGUAGUUAUGAAGUGGUGUAUAUUGUUUAUCCAGGCGUUCCUUCUUCGCCACCAUAUCCAAGUUAUACUGCCGGCGGUCCAUCGGGUAGUGGUGGAGGUCUACCAAUCACAGCCAAUCCAGUGAAGAAGGACAAAGGGAUCAACUUUAGGACCUUAAUAAUCAUCGCCUUAUCAGCAUUGGUGCUCUUGUUGGUCUUAAUUGGGGCAGUCUCCAUUUUCAUAAAAUGGAAAAAGUUUGGGAAACAGUCAAAUGCUGUUGGUCCUGCAUUCCCACAAUCUAUCAAUAAAAGAUCUGGUUUUGGAUCCUUCUUAACAAAUAGUAUUGGGAGCUCAACAUCAGUAUCCCUCAUUUUUAACAUGGCUCCUUGCAUGUUAUCUGUGAAAGCAUUUAGUUAUCUGGAGCUUGAGAGGGCUACAGACAAGUUCAGUUCAAAGAGGAUCCUGGGGGAAGGAGGGUUUGGACGUGUUUAUCAUGGUCUAAUGGAGGACAGGACUGAAGUUGCAGUGAAGAUGCUUACUAGGGCCAAUCAGAAUGGAGACCGUGAGUUUAUUGCAGAAGUGGAGAUGCUGAGUCGUUUGCAUCACCGUAAUCUCGUCAAACUGAUUGGUAUAUGCAUUGAAGGGCGUACACGCUGUUUGGUUUAUGAACUUGUUCAUAAUGGCAGUGUUGAAUCUCAUUUGCAUGACAGUACUUCCUUGAUUGUAUAUUCUUCUAGUGAAAAUGAGACUGCCUAUACUGUUGAACUCAUGAGUAAAAGUCCCUUCUUCAGUAUGGAACUCUGUCCGGCGGAAACACUGGUUGGAGUAUAUACAAUUCAGUUUAGCAUAUUUAGCUGUGUUUCAGGUGUUGAUAAACAAGGAUACCUUGACUGGGAUGCACGGUUGAAGAUUGCUCUUGGAGCAGCUAGAGGACUUGCCUAUCUACAUGAAGAUUCUAAUCCUCGCGUGAUUCAUCGAGAUUUCAAAGCUAGUAAUGUUUUGCUGGAAGAUGAUUUCACUCCUAAGGUAUCUGAUUUUGGCUUGGCAAGGGAAGCAACUGAAGGGAGCCAACAUAUCUCUACAAGGGUCAUGGGAACCUUCGGGUAUGUAGCCCCUGAAUAUGCAAUGACAGGGCAUCUGCUUGUCAAAAGUGAUGUCUACAGCUACGGGGUUGUGUUACUCGAGCUUCUGUCAGGGAGAAAACCUGUGGAUAUGUCCCAACCUCCAGGACAAGAAAACUUGGUAACUUGGGCACGUCCGCUUCUGACAACCAGAGAAGGGUUGGAGCAGCUAGUUGAUCCUUCCUUGGCUGGAAGCUACGACUUUGAUGACAUGGCCAAGGUGGCAGCCAUCGCCUCGAUGUGUGUCCACCCGGAAGUAGCUAACAGACCUUUUAUGGGAGAAGUUGUGCAGGCUCUCAAACUGAUCUACAAUGACACUGAUGAGGCGUGUGCGGAGGACAACUACAGCCAAAAGGAGUCUUCUGUCCUGGAUGACUCGGACUUGAAAGGUGAUUUUGUUCCAUCAGAAAGUAGUUGGUGGAAUGCAGGUGCAGUCUCCCCUCGCAUAACGUAUGGGCAAGCCUCAUCUUUCAUUACAAUGGAGUACAGUUCAGGCACACUCGAAGAGUUGGAAAACCGACCACUCUCAGCCUCGAGUUUGCUUGGAGAACGAUUGUCAUCACCAAUCAGGCAUGGCAAUAGGUCUGGUCCUUUGAGAACGGUGAGAAGUAAGCCAUCCUGUUACAGAUUGAGAGGGAGUAUGAGUGAUCAUGGCAACCUCCCGGUGAGACGAACCGGGAAUGAUGAAUAUUGGGCAUAAGGUGGGUUUGGUCACGUGUACAGUCUUCUACAAAGGACUACCUGUAAGCUUUUUGAAUUGUUAUUUAUGGGUCUAUAGGAGAGGUUUUCGGUUCUCAAAUGUCUGGGGCAGAGGGUCUGGAGAACCCAGUUUCAUUGCUUAUGAAUCCUCAGCUUCUGAUUUGGAGAUCCUCAGAUUCAUUUAACUAUACAAGGUUUCACAAUGAAAGAUGUAUACCUGAAAUGGUGUACGUACUUUUGUCUUUGUUUUAUAGCUUUAAUCUUGCCAACUUUUUCCCCUUGUUCUAUUCCUGAGUUUUGACAGCAUGACUCUUUCAUCGUCUCCGAGAAAGGGGAUAAGAAAAGAAAUCGUCAAUUUUCGGUGAUGUUCGUAGAUGUCGGACGUGAAAGUUUUCUACUCAAGCAGUUACACCAAAGAAGGAUAGA